GGCAGGGGCGCCGCCGCCAGCACCACCGUCUCCUAAGUUCUCCGUUGUGGAUGCACGGGCCCGGUCGCUCCGCUCCCCAUCCCCCCGGCGCAGUGGGGCCCGAGGAGGCCGGAGGAGCGGGCUCGGACGGGAUUUCGGAGGAAGGGGAGAGGACGGGCGCCCCACCCGCUCGGAGGGUGGGGGGCUCGGUGAACGAUGAAGAGCCGGCGGCGGCGGCGCCGGGAGUACUGCAAGUUUGCGCUGCUGUUGGUGCUGUACACGCUGGUGCUGCUGCUCAUCCCCUCCGUACUGGACGGCGGCCGCGACGGCGACAAGGGCGCCGGGCACUGCCCGGGCGUGCAGCGCAGCCUGGGAGUGUGGAGCUUGGAGGCUGCGGCGGCGGGAGAGCGAGAGCAGGGCGGGGAGGCGCGGCCGGCUGCGGAGGGGGGCGCGGGCCAAUCCCCCGGGGCCCUGGGUAACCUCAGUGGCGCCGUUGGGGAGGCGCUGUCCCGCGAGAAGCAGCACAUUUAUGUGCAUGCCACCUGGCGCACCGGCUCGUCGUUCCUGGGCGAGCUCUUUAACCAGCACCCGGACGUUUUCUACUUGUACGAGCCCAUGUGGCACCUAUGGCAAGCGCUGUAUCCGGGCGACGCUGAGAGCCUGCAGGGCGCGCUGCGCGACAUGUUGCGCUCGCUCUUCCGCUGCGACUUCUCGGUGCUGCGGCUGUACGCGCCACCGGGGGACCCCGCCGCGCGCGCCCCGGGCGCAGCCAAUCUCACCACGGCCGCGCUCUUUCGCUGGCGGACCAACAAGGUCAUCUGCUCGCCGCCGCUGUGCCCCGGCGCACCCCGUGCCCGCGCUGAGGUCGGCCUCGUCGAAGAUGCAGCCUGCGAGCGCAGCUGCCCGCCCGUGGCUCUACGCGCCCUGGAGGCCGAGUGCCGCAAGUAUCCGGUGGUGGUCAUCAAGGACGUGCGCCUCCUCGACCUGGGCGUGCUGGUGCCUCUGUUGCGUGACCCCGGCCUCAACCUGAAGGUGGUGCAACUUUUCCGCGACCCGCGGGCCGUGCACAACUCACGCCUCAAGUCCCGGCAGGGGCUGCUGCGCGAGAGCAUCCAAGUGCUGCGCACCCGCCAGCGGGGCGACCGCUUCCACCGCGUGCUGCUGGCGCACGGCGUGGGCGCUCGGCCCGGGGCCCAGGCCCGCGCCCUGCCCGCCGCCCCACGCGCCGACUUCUUCCUGACCGGCGCGCUCGAGGUGAUCUGCGAAGCCUGGCUGCGCGACCUGCUGUUCGCGCGCGGCGCGCCCGCCUGGCUGCGGCGCCGCUACCUGAGGCUGCGCUACGAGGACCUGGUGCGGCAGCCGCGCACCCAGCUGCGCCGCCUGCUGCGCUUCUCCGGGCUGCGCGCGCUCGCCGCGCUCGACGCCUUCGCGCUCAACAUGACGCGGGGCGCGGCCUACGGCGCCGACCGACCCUUCCACCUGUCGGCGCGCGACGCCCGCGAGGCGGUGCACGCCUGGCGCGAGCGCCUGAGCCGAGAGCAGGUGCGCCAGGUGGAGGCGGCCUGCGCUCCAGCCAUGCGUCUGCUGGCCUACCCUCGCAGCGGAGAGGAGGGCGACCUGGAGCCGCCCGCGGAUGAGGAGAAGCCGCCUGAGGCCGAGGUGGACGGCGCCACGUAGCCCCCCCGCACCGCGCCCCCGGGACGGAGCCGGCAUGUCUCUCCUUGACCUCUAUCCUGAGGAGGCCCCAAGAUUUCAUUCUGGUAGGUAUUUAAGACACCUUGGUCUUUGUUCUUGACAAGAUAAAUGAAUCCUUUGAACGAAUCUAGGGAAGGAGGUAAGUGCACUGUAAACUAAUAAUCCAACGUUCAGAAAGCUUUCUCUAAGGAAGCCAUCCGAAGCAGAAAAAGAAAUGACCAGCUACCACCAAAUCCCCAAGUAUUCUCAAAGUCAUUCUAUCUUAAUCAGGAUACUAAGCCCCAGCUUAUGUAUAAAUGUCACCUGAAGGAGAUCUCUUGCUUAAAUAGGCAUUCAUUAAACAUUGUCCCCCCCCCAUAGAAUUUCUCAUUCAACAAAAUCCAUUUAAAUUCCCUAUCAGGGGUGCCGGGUGGCUCAGUCAGUUAAGCACCUGCCUUCAGCUCAGGUCAUGAUCCUGGGGUCCUGAGAUUGAGCCCCGAAUAGGGCUCCCUGCUCAGCGGGGGUCUGCUUCUCCUUCUCCC